CGCCAGAGACUGCCCUUACCGGCAGCCUUCCUCUUCCCGCCCACCUUGACCGCCAAUGUUCCCACCACUACAGUCCUCCAACAACACCUCUCCAACUAGUCUCUCUCGUGCCCCACUUCUCGCUCUGCCCCCACCCCCUGUAUCACAUCUGAAUGCCCCCAACCACAACCCUAACUCCUCUUUGAAUUCUGGACAGAUGGUACUUCCCCGGCAGCCUUGGUGGAAGAUGAAUCAAGAGAAGCUUGAUCGCGUCUACGAGUUCAUGGCUUCCGAGCUUGAAGCAAGCCAAGAGGCGAUCCGAGAGAAAGAGAAGCUGCUCAAAGAGGAGGAGGAACGAAGAAGGGCGGAAGAAGUUGAGGAGAAAGCUUUGAGGAAGCUUAAAGAACGCCAAGACUUUGAGGAGAGAAUCAGCAGCAUCGUGGGAACGAAGAUCAACGAUGCUUGCGAAUUAUUUUUGGGCAAGGCUGACCAAGCCAGAUCCAUGCCUGCUCUAGCGGAUAAUCGCUGCAGGGAGGGAAACAUUGGAGUGAGGCACAUACUAGAUCUGGAGAAGGAGAGGCUGGAAAAGCACAUCGAACAGCUUAGGCGGGAGCAUGAGACAAUAAAAAAGAACAUGGAGGAGCUGACAAGGUCUGGCAAGCAGACAGGCAAUGCAUUAAAGAGAUCGGCGGCUGGAGUGUGCAUCACAAGUCCCCCUGAGGCUCUAGUAAGAGGGAAAGCAAGGGUCGUAGGGGUUGCUACUCUAACCUCUGAUGACUUUCAGAAGCUGCUAAGAGCCUACAAUUCCGUAAAGGAAGGAAAGCGCAUCGCAGAUAUGGAAGUUCAGGCGCUCAAAGAAAGGUUUGAGAAGGCGGUAUCAAGGUUGGUCAGACAGGGGAGGACUCCGCGCUCCAAUCUCUCGAAGCGAAUGAAUGAAGCCACGGAUGAUGAAGACCAGGAUCUACAUGAGCGACAUGAAGAUGACCUUGAUGACCUUACUUUGCGACCUUCUCCGCCGAAGCGCACCUACGUCAGUAAAGCUGCCGCCAUCGAGAGAGCUGACUUCCUCAAGGAAACAAAGAAGCAUCUUAAGAGACUCAAAAAGCACGGCUUACAGAUACUGUGUGGGAAGGAAGGGAUUACCUUCGUUCCUUGCGAGCAGGCUAUCAACGAGAUAGCAGAACUGAGGACAUCACUCACAUUUGACCUUCGACCGCAAUAGAAGCCUGACCGCCCAGUGCAUGAGUCCG